AUGGGGCAAGGUCUGCGGAAUAGAGUGGAUGAGGAGCCGUUUCCCAACCCAGUGCCUCAAAUUGUUAUUGUAAACACAACCAUAAUUCCAAUUCCUCCAACUUUUGUCACAUCAAUAACGGGAGCGAACAUUCCUCCACCAAUUACCAUCAUAGUGCCGAUACCUACUGAAAUUCCUGGAAUUCCAAACAUAACUACGUCCGAAAUAAUACCAACUCUCGUCCCAACAUUGAUACCACCAACAGUAGUGCCUACAACAACCACCUCUGUAAUAACUACGACUACUACCGUAACCCUUCCACCAGGAGUCACAACGGUUCCAACCACAACCACCACAACUGCGCCGAUCGUGACCACUACUACGUUGCCGCCGAUACCGACAUCCACAACAACAACCACAACCACCACAACCACCACCACUACUACUACAACCACAACAACACCUUGUUUGAUGUGUAACGCGGGCUUGGUACAAGCUGUAGCGGCCGGAUCGGUUAUACCUUUGCCAGGAUUUCUUGCUCGAAUGGCUACAAUAACGCCAGGUCCUCCCGAUGCCAUGGGAUGCACUGGACUAACGAUAACGUGCCCUGCUGGAAUGGGGAACUUAAUGCUGUUCAAUCUUGGAGUACCUGCUUUGGUCGCACCUGUACUGGGUGGAAUAACCGCUGCGCUCACAUGUAACGCUGAUGGUAGCUGGAGAACCAACAACCUUCCAAUGGCGCAAAUCGGGAUGUCAAUUACACGAGUUUGGUGCCUGACACCAUUAGGAGUGCUUCCACCCGGUGGUAUGCCAGGUAUACCAGGUCUUCCGGCGAUGCCAGCACUUCCAGGAGCAAUGAUACCGGCACCAGGAUGA